AUGCCGCCGAAGGCUCGUGCUCCCCUCCCGCCUGGUGAUGCGGAGCGUGGUGAGAAGCUGUUCAAGGGUCGCGCUGCCCAGUGCCACACCGCCACCAAGGGAGGUUCUAACGGCGUGGGCCCGAACCUGUUUGGCAUCAUUAACCGCAAAUCUGGCACGAUCGAGGGCUUUGCGUACAGUAAGGCGAACGCUGACUCUGGCGUGAUCUGGACGCCGGAGGUGCUGGACGUGUACCUGGAGAACCCGAAGAAGUUUAUGCCUGGCACGAAGAUGUCGUUCGCUGGCAUCAAAAAGCCGCAGGAGCGCGCUGACGUGAUUGCGUACCUCGAGACUCUGAAGGAUUGA